CCUGCUUCACUCCUUCCUCUCUUCUACCUGGAUGCAGCCGCUUCCCUUUCUCUUCCCUUUCGUUUAACUUUCCUCCUCUUUUCCGCCGCUGUGCACGACGGAUUUACGCGUGAAAACAUGGCAGGGGCGAUUAUCGAGAACAUGAGCACCAAAAAGUUGGUGAUCGUUGGAGUUAUCUUGCUUUUAUUCCAGGCGUUUUCGUUCAUGGUCGGAGGGCUGAUUGCUCCCAGUCCCACCACUGCCAUCCACUACAUGGCCACAAAGUGUGUGGACAACGUGAAAAGCCACUAUAUGAGCAAGAAGUGGUUCAUGCCCUGGGGUCCAAACCAUUGUGACAAAGUCAGAGACUUUGAUGAGGCCACGGCCAAGAAGAUUGAGGCCAACAACAUCGUCUUUGCUGUGCACAUUCCUAUGCCUAACAAAGAGAUGAGUCCCUGGUUCCAGUUCAUGCUGGUCAUCCUUCAGUUCGACAUUGCCUUCAAAAUGUACAACCAGAUUGAGGAUGGAGCAGUGGUCACUGUAGAUGUCGGGCUGGCCUAUAGAGACGACAGUCUCGGUGAAUGGACGGAGAUGGCUCACUCUAUUGAACAGCGCAAGCUCAGCUGUAAUUUCACCACCCCAAAGACUAUUGACAACGAAGGUCGAUAUUACGAAUGUGACCUAAUGCCCCUCAUGGAACUUGGAUGUGUGUUCCACAAGUACUACCUUCUCAACAUCCGCUUACCUGUCAGUGAUCAUAAGAAGGUGAACAGGGGAAUCGGAGAAAUCAAGGACAUCCGCCUGGUGGGUAUCCAUCAGAACGGUGGCUUCACCAAGGUUUGGUUUGCCAUGAAGACCUUCCUCACCCCCAGCAUCCUCAUCAUCAUGAUCUGGUACUGGAGAAGGAUUACCAUGAUGUCAAGACCUCCAGUCCUGCUGGAAAAGGUUAUCUUUGCUCUGGGAAUCUCCAUGACCUUCAUCAACAUCCCAGUGGAAUGGUUCUCCGUUGGGUUUGAGUGGACGUGGAUGCUGCUCUUCGGAGAUAUUCGUCAGGGAAUCUUUUACGCCAUGCUGCUCUCAUUCUGGAUCAUCUUCUGUGGAGAACAUCUAAUGGAUCAGAUGGAGAGGAACCGUUUCUCCGUGUACUGGAAGCAGGUUGGGCCGAUCGUCUUUGGCUCCUUCUGCCUCUUCAUCUUCGAUAUGUGUGAGAGAGGAGUCCAGUUAACCAAUCCCUUCUACAGCAUCUGGGCCUCAGACGUGGGGACAGAACUGGCUAUGGCCUUCAUCAUCGUGGCUGGAAUCUGCGCGUGCCUCUAUUUCCUCUUCCUGUGCUUCAUGGUGUUCCAGGUGUUCAGGAACAUCAGUGGGAAGAGGACGUCUCUGCCUGCCAUGACCAAAGCUCGCCGCCUGCAUUACGAGGGCCUGAUUUUCCGUUUCAAGUUCCUGAUGCUGGUGACUCUGGCAUGUGCAGCCAUGACUGUUAUCUUCUUCAUCAUCAGCCAGGUGAACGAGGGUCACUGGCACUGGGGAGAUUAUACAGUCCAGGUGAACAGCGCCUUCUUUACCGGCAUUUACGGCAUGUGGAACCUGUACGUGUUCGCCCUGAUGUUCCUGUACGCACCGUCACACAAACGCUACGGAGACGAGCAGUCCAGCGGAGACCAGGUCGGGAACAGUGGGGAGGACAUCCAGCUGACCACCACCAUCACCCACGUGGACGGACCCACAGAAGUCUACAAAAUGAUGCGAAAGGAAGCUCAAGAGUAGCUGCCUUUCCUCUCUUGACCCUUGACGGUGUCUGCAAUUCCCCCGAAACCCUGCAGAGUCCUGUAUCUUCAAAACGUGCCCAUGUGUAACUGAGUCACGAGUUUAUUCGCUGCACCUUCUCUGUUCCUACACUGAUUGUCCAUUUUAUCAGAAACGCCUGCCACAGGGUGCCCAGUCCUGGUCCUGGAGGUCCACCACCCUGCAGAGUUUAGCUCCAGCUCUACUCUAACACAGUGAAGGCCUACAGACGGUUGGAGACGGGUGUAAUGGAUCUGAACUCUCCAGAGUGGUAGAUCUCCAAGAACAGGAUCGGGCGUGUAUGAGUUUCUCAUUCUGAACAUAACAAUGUUGUACAGUCUUCUUCUAGUGUGGUUACAUGUCUGCACAGCUAGUCAAAAGCGGGGACACGUUUAUUAAAGGUUCUUUUAUUUAUUUAUUUUUAUUAUUAAAUAAUGAAGGCAUCAAGACUGAUUGGCUGAAAUGCGUGAAUACGGAUACACUAAUGAACUAAUUCACUUUUAAAGUGAAACACAGUAAUAACUAACUACAUUGCUAUAAAUAAAUACAUUUUUCAGAAUUUAAAUUCAAAAUCUUAAACUUAUUGGUGUAAAAAUAAUAAAUAAAUAAAUAACUUUUUUGUUCUCGUGUUUUGUUUUUUUUUUUUUUGGGCAUAAAUUCAUAUGCCAUUACUAAAAACAUGCAAUCGGAUGUGUCCAAACUUUUGACUGGCGAGGUUCAGUCUGAGAGAAGCUGCUUUUGUGGAAUUUUUGGUUGGAAUAGAGCGCCACCUUGUGGGCAGUGGUAGAAGUUGUAUACCUGCUCUCAUGAUCUUCAGCAGUUUCUCAGAGGAUCACGACCACCUCCUUAUAAAGAGGCAGGAAGAAAAAAAGCGUAAAUGUAGAUUUUUGUUUAUUUAUCACUAAACAUGCAUUUCUCAUCUGUAGCGCUGUCGGUCAGAUCUGCUCAGCUGACCGUUCAGCUGAAAUAUUUCAUAUUUUCCUUUUCACAGCUUCAGAGGGACUUAAAGGAGAUUAGAAAAGACAUUUAAUUGGGUUUUUUUUUUUCUGAGCGAAGUCUUUUUGACCUCAUACGCAUUGACCUCUCUGCUUCUUACUUCCCUAAACGCUCCCUUCCGAGCCCAAACACAACACUGUACUCGGCUUUCCCUCGCCGAGGGAUGUGGGAUCACCCGUCUCUGCUAAAAGCAUCGUCUGUACUGGCUCAGUUAAAAGACACUCAUGUUACGAUGUAGAUAUAUUUUUAUAAAGUGCUUAUUUUCAGCCGUGUGGAAGCGUUAGGUGCGUCACUGUCUUGUAUAAAAGUACUUUUUUGCCAUUUUCAGAAUGAUUGUACUGUCGUAUCACCAUAUAUGGAUGUUUUUUUUUCAUGCUUUUAAGCUAAUUUAAAUAAAAAAAGAACUUUUACAUGGUAAACGGA